UGGCGGGCCUUCGCCGCCAUGAACAUCGCGCUCAGUUUACCGUCUACUGUCACUGGUAUUAGUUUCAGUUUUCUCACCGGUGAAGAUGUUCGGCGCAUUUCCGUCAAGCAGAUUGUCAAUGUGAACCUUCUCGAUGACCUUAAUCGUCCCACUGUCGGUGGCUUGUAUGACCCUGCUCUCGGCCCUGCCGAGAGGCAAGAUAUCUGCGCGACUUGCCAUCUCUCAUUCUAUACCUGUCCGGGACAUUUUGGCCACAUCGAACUCCCUGCACCAGUGUUCCAUCCUCUUUUCAUGGGAAACAUGCUCAACCUACUCCGCGACACCUGUUUAUUCUGCCACCGAUUUAAGCUCAGCCGCACUGUGCUCGCGAAAUAUGUUGCCAAAUUCCGUCUGUUAGAGCGUGGUCUACUGGAUGCGGCCCAAGGGGUAGAUGAUCUACACAUUCGCGUGCGGAUAAAAAAGGCGGCGGCGAAGAAACGAGCUCAAGCCGAUGAAGAUUCAUCUUCUGACGAAGAGCCUGAUCGAGGUUUGCAAGUCCCUGAUGAGAGCGUGGAGGACUUUGUGAAACGCAUCAAUCUGUACGUCGCGGUGCAUUUGGCGCGUUCUCCAACCAGCCGACGCGACCAUUAUAAGGAUGGACUGGUUUACUCGGCGCGCAAAGCCUUAAUCAGCGAGUUUCUCAAAACCUCAUCUACUCUCACUUGCCAGAAUGAAGAUUGUGGGUGUCCUGCGUAUACUUUCCGCAAGGAAGGCUACACGAAAGUCAUCGAAUACGAUCUUUCUCCAAAGCAGAAGGCGAAGGCACGCCGUAAACGACCAGAUGUUCUGCUGGAAGAGUCGGCUGCACAUCUUUCGAACUUGGUGUCAAAAAAGCCAAAACGCAAGGCUCGAGAGGACUCUGACGUUGAAAUGGGGGACCCUGAUGAUGAUGCGGAAGACUCAGAGGAUGUGCCCUCUGAGGAUGAGGAGGAGCAAGAUGAAGACGAAGACGAUGAAGAACUGGUCAAGCAAAAAGGCGAUGGUCUUCCUCGUGCUGCAAACGGGAAAGUCAAAACUAAGAGGGGGAGAAACGAACGCGUGAUGACUGCGGAAGAAUGUCGAGCUCAUCUCCGACGGCUUUUCCGUAACGAACCUGUUAUGUGUUCGCUGCUAUACGGUCGACAUGGUCCAUACUCCCCUCUUUCACCUGAAGGACUUUCUUUCGCCUCCCCCGAUAUGUUCUUCCUCGACGCUGUCCCUGUUGCACCAACUCGAUUUCGUCCGGCAGCCAAGAUGGCUGACAAGCUGUUCGAGCACCCACAAAACGAGCUAUUAGAGAAAAUCCUCAAGACCUCGUACAGGUUGAGAGAUCAAAACAUUGACCUUCGGACGGCCUCACAAAAAACGGAAGGUUUCGACGAAAUGGCACGCAAGAGGAUUAUGGCUUCGUUAUUGCAAACCCUGGUGCAGUUGCAGGUCGAUGUCAAUAGCUUUAUGGACAGCAGCAAGAAUCCAACACCCAUGAGGAUGGGCAAACUUCCUCCAGCUGGCGUCAAGCAGGGUCUCGAAAAGAAGGAAGGCCUUUUCCGCAAGAACAUGAUGGGCAAACGGGUCAACUACGCGGCACGUUCCGUCAUUUCCCCAGAUGUCAACAUCGAGUCCAAUGAGAUUGGAGUACCUCCCGUUUUUGCUCAAAAACUUACCUUCCCUGAGCCUGUAACACCUGCCAACUUCCACGAACUGCGACAACGGGUGAUCACGGGACCAAAAGGUUACCCAGGUGCAACAUUGGUCGAGUACGAAGAUGGUCACCAAGUCUCCCUUGACAAAAUGACCGUGGAGCAACGGACAGCCAUCGCGAACCAGCUCCUCACACCGCAGGAAAACAGUCACGGAACAAAAGGCGGCCUCUUUACUCGCACACCUGCAAUCAACAAGAAAGUCUAUCGACAUCUGCGGGAUGGCGACAUUCUCAUCCUUAACCGGCAACCAACGCUCCACAAACCAAGUAUGAUGGCCCACAAAGCCCGCGUGUUGAAAGGCGAAAAGACCAUUCGAAUGCAUUAUGCAAACUGCAACUCGUACAACGCUGAUUUCGAUGGCGACGAAAUGAAUAUUCAUUUUCCACAAAACCAAGUCUCUCGCGCUGAGGCCACAAUGAUUGCUAACACGGACAACCAAUAUUUGGUACCCACAUCUGGAAAUCCUCUCCGCGGUCUGAUCCAGGAUCACGUUGUCGCUGGUGUUUGGAUGACGAGCCAAGAUUCCUUCUUCACAAGGGAGGAAUACUUUCAAUUACUAUAUGGCGCUCUUCGUCCAGAAGACGAGCCGGAUGACCAUUCGCGGAUAUCAACUCUUCCUCCUACCAUCUGGAAACCAGUCCCCUUAUGGACAGGCAAACAGAUCAUUUCGACGAUCCUCAAGAACAUUACGCCUGAUAACUUCGAAGGACUAAACCUUAAUGCGAAGACCAAGGUUCCGGGAAAGCUAUGGGGAAACGAUUCAAAGGAAGACAAAGUCAUUUUCAUGGACGGGGAACUUCUUUGCGGAGUUCUCGACAAGGCUGCAUUCGGGGCUUCUGACUAUGGAAUUGUGCAUUCUGUCUACGAGCUUUAUGGAGCGGAUACUGCGGGGAAACUUCUUGGGAUCCUCAGUCGUCUAUUCACAAAGUUCCUCCAGCAUCGCGCCUUCACCUGUAGAAUGGACGAUCUUGCUUUAACAACAGAAGGGAACGGAUGGCGAAAAGAUCUUCUCCACAAGGGAAGGACAUUGGGCACAGAAGGCGCAAUCGAAAACUUUCCAUCGUUACGCAAUGCCUCGAAAGCCGAGCUUCCAUCAGCGUUGACUGGCCUCCUUGAGGACGUCUUGCGUGACGAUAACAAGAUGGCCGGACUGGAUAUGACGGUCAAGACCAAGCUGGGAAAACUUACUUCGUCCAUCAGUGACGCGUGCAUGCCCAAUGGCCUCUUGCGCAAGUUUCCUCACAACCACAUGCAAACAAUGACGCUCUCUGGAGCCAAGGGAAGCGCGGUAAAUGCGAGACAAAUUUCCUGUGCAUUGGGUCAACAAGAACUCGAAGGUCGUCGUGUUCCAGUGAUGGUCAGCGGAAAGACGCUUCCCUCAUUCCGUCCAUUCGAGACCAGGGCUAUUGCAGGCGGAUAUGUAGCCAGCCGAUUCUUGACCGGUAUCAAACCGCAGGAAUUCUACUUUCAUUGUAUGGCUGGUCGUGAAGGACUGAUCGACACUGCUGUGAAAACUUCACGGUCUGGAUACCUGCAACGAUGUUUGAUCAAGCAUCUGGAGGGUAUUCGAGUCCACUACGAUCAUACCGUUCGUGGCAGUGACUCGUCGAUCUACCAAUUCGCCUACGGCGGGGAUGCAUUGGAUGUCACCAAACAAAAGCACCUCCGACAAUUCCAAUUUAUCGCUCUCAACGAAGUAUCAUUUGUCAACAUUCUCCAACCACGCAUCCUACAAGACGCCGUCGAUCACGAGACCGCAGUCAACUACAUGAAGCAGGUUCUCAAGCAGUCUGAUUCACGGCAAGGAAAAGGGAGCACUGCUGAUCGCGAUGCUUAUGAUCCAGCUUUAUCCUUGUACAGUCCCAGCCGAUUUUUGGGGAGCACGUCGGAGGGAUUUGCCACAGCAGUCAACAAGUAUAUCAAGACCAAUCCUGAUGGGUUGAUCAGAGACAAAGGCAAGGACGAGUUGUAUAACAGCUCAAGAACGUUGGCGCGAUCAAAACACUUCCGAGCACUGAUGAACGUCAAGUAUAUGCGGAGUUUGGUUGAACCUGGCGAAGCGGUUGGGCUUCUGGCAUCCCAAGGUGUUGGAGAACCAUCCACACAGAUGACACUCAACACGUUCCAUUUCGCAGGCCAUGGUGCUGCCAAUGUUACACUUGGUAUUCCACGACUUCGAGAAAUAGUCAUGACCGCCUCGCAAAAGCCCAAGACACCCUCAAUGACGAUGAUCGUUCGGCCUGGAGUCCCACCAGCUGAUAUUGACAUUUUCUGCAAACGCGCUAGCCGAGUGACCCUUGCACAAGUUGUGCACAACAUUACUGUUCGAGAACGACUCACCGUUGAAGGCGAAGCGCGACGGACGCAGUUUACUGUCGAUCUCGCGUUAUUCCCCAAGGCCGAGUACAUGUCUGAGUAUGACAUUGACCCGGCCGAGAUACUGGCGUGCUUUGGGAGCAAGUUUCCUUUGCGGCUAAGAAAGGAGAUGCAGGAUGAAAUGAAAAAACUCGAUGCGGAUCUCCGAAGUCAGAUCAAGGAGCUGGGUCAAGGCAAAAAGUCGAAGGAGUCGGAAGAUGCAGAGGGAGACGAGGAAGGAGAUGAGGGGGCAGAUGAUGCGGCACCGACAGCAUCGAAAAAACAAGACGAGGAUGAUGAGAGUGAUGAUGGCGAGGAUGAUGAGAAACGAGCGAGGCAACGGAAACAACUGGCGACGUAUGAUGAUGAUUCGGAUGAAGAAGGGACAGAAGACGAGAUGAAGGACGACGACAUCGAGGCUGCAUAUGCGUCAGAUACGGCGGCGACUACCGUGCCAAAGCCGUCAUCAAGUCGGCCAUCAAAGAAGAGCCUGUCAAGCAAACGCGUAUCCCAAGUCCGCGACCUGUUCACCAAAAACAUGAAGUUUGCCACAGACUUCUCGUUUGAUGAGUCAAAAUGCGCCUUCCAGCUCCAGUUCCGACCAGACAUGCCGAAGCUACUUUUAGUUGGCAUUCUCGAGCGAACAUGUCGAGCUACGAUCAUCAGGCAAAUUCCCGGCGUCAGCGAGUGUUUCCAGACCAAGGAGGAGAGCAAAACUGGAGAGACGACCAUCAAACUAACGACCAACGGUUCAAAUUUACAAGGAUUUUGGCAGUUCAGUGCAGAGGCGGAAAACCCCAUUGUGGAGACUGAUGACAUCUAUUCUAAUGAUAUCUACGCCAUCCUGCAAACCUAUGGGGUGGAGAUGGCGCGGGCUGCUAUAUUGAAGGAAAUGGGGUCUGUCUUUGGAGCGUACAGUAUUCAAGUCGACCAUCGUCAUCUCGAGCUUAUUGCCGACUAUAUGACUUUUGACGGCGGUUAUAAGGCCUUCAAUCGCACAGGAAUAUCAAGCAACUCUUCUCCGCUGCUCAAAGCCUCAUACGAGAUGACAGCCGCGUUUUUGUCUGACGCGACUUUAUAUGGCGACUAUGAUGACCUCUCGACACCUUCGGGUAAUAUUGUGCUGGGUCGACCGAGUCUCUCUGGCACUGGUGUGUUUGAUGUAGUCAUGGAUGUAACAAAAGUACCAUAA